CGUUGGGGUAGAAGAGGAAGAGGCACCAGAUAUUGACAUAUACCAUUGCCCGAACUGUGAGAAAACCCACGGGAAGUCAACCCUGAAAAAGAAGCGGAGCUGGCACAAACAUGAGCAGGGACCAAUGCCUGAUGUCAAGCCUGUGCAGAAUGGGAGCCAGCUCUUCAUAAAGGAACUGCGGAGCCGGACCUUCCCUAGCUCAGAGGAUGUGGUAGUCCGAGUGCCAGGCGGCCAGCUCACAGUGGGCUACAUGGAGGAGCACGGCUUCACUGAGCCCAUCCUAGUCCCCAAAAAAGAUGGGCUGGGCCUCGCUGUGCCGGCCCCCACCUUCUAUGUCAGCGAUGUGGAGAACUAUGUGGGCCCAGAGCGGAGCGUGGACGUGACAGAUGUCACUAAGCAGAAGGAUUGCAAGAUGAAGCUGAAGGAGUUUGUGGACUACUAUUACAGCACCAACCGGAAGCGGGUCCUCAAUGUCACCAAUCUUGAGUUCUCUGACACUAGAAUGUCCAGCUUUGUGGAGCCACCUGACAUUGUGAAAAAGCUGUCCUGGGUAGAGAAUUACUGGCCCGAUGAUGCUUUGCUGGCCAAACCCAAAGUGACCAAGUACUGUCUCAUCUGUGUGAAGGACAGCUAUACCGACUUUCACAUCGACUCUGGGGGUGCUUCUGCCUGGUACCACGUGCUCAAGGGUGAGAAGAUAUUCUAUCUCAUCAAGCCGGCCUUGGCUAAUCUCUCCCUAUAUGAGCGUUGGCAGUCAGCCUCCAACCACAGUGAGAUGUUCUUUGCUGACCAGGUGGACAAAUGCUACAAGUGCACCCUAAAACAGGGCCAGACACUCUUCAUCCCAUCAGGCUGGAUCUACGCCACCCUCACACCUGUCGACUGCCUGGCCUUUGCAGGACACUUCCUCCACAGCCUAAGCGUGGAGACGCAGAUGAGAGCAUAUGAAGUGGAAAGAAGAUUGAAACUUGGCAGCCUGACUCAGUUUCCAAACUUUGAAACUGCCUGCUGGUACAUGGGGAAGCAUCUGCUCGAGACGUUCAAAGGUUCUCACAAAUCUGGGAAGCAGCUGCCUCCUCACUUAAUUCAAGGAGCUAAAAUUCUCAAUGGUGCUUUCAGAGCAUGGACUAAGAAACAGGCUUUGGCGGAGCACGAGGAUGAGCUCCCAGAGCACUUCAAGCCUUCUCAGCUCAUCAAAGACCUUGCCAAAGAGAUCAGGCUCAGCGAGAAUACCUCCAAAGCUGCCCGACCCGAAGUGAGUGCUGUGGUAUCCUCAGAUGAAGUUUGUGAAGUGGACAGAGAAAAAGAAGAGCCCCCAUCUCCCAUUGAGACCACCCCAUCUCAGUCCCUCUUGGAAAAAGUGUCUAAAAAAAAGACUCCCAAAACUGUGAAGAUACCCAAACCAUCCAAGAUCCCCAAGCCCCCAAAGCUCUCCAAGCCCUCAAAACCCCCCAAGACCCUCAGGAUUGACAGCAGCAAGAAGAAAGGGAAGAAGUGCAAAGAAACAGGCUCCCCCACCAUCCCCAACCUGGAUUUGCUCGAGGCCCACACAAAGGAGGCCCUGACCAAGAUCGAGACACCCAAGAAGGGCAAGGUGGCCAAGAGUGUCCUCAGCGUGCCAAAUAAGGAUCUGACUAAUAAGCAAAAUGACGUGGACAGGUUGGAAAUACGAGAACAAACCAAAAGCAAGUCGGAGGCCAAGUGGAAGUACAAGAACAGCAAACCAGACUCCUUGCUGAAAAUGGAGGAGGAGCAGAAACUGGAGAAGUCUCCUCUGUCAGGAAGCAAGGACAACAAAUUUUCAUUUUCCUUCUCUAACAAGAAACUCCUGGGCUCCAAGGGCCUCAAACCACAGACGAGCCCUGGCGUGUUUGGGGCCCUGCAGAACUUCAAAGAGGACAAGCCCAAGCCGGUGCGGGAUGAGUACGAAUAUGUGUCUGACGACGGGGAGCUGAAGAUCGAUGAGUUCCCCAUCAGGAGGAAAAGGAACACUUCCAAGAGGGACUUAUCUUUUUUAUUGGAUAAGAAAGAGAUGUUCCACGUACCCGUUAAGAAGCCAAAGCUUGACUCAAUGUUUUACAAGCAGAGUGAUGACUCCUCAGACGAAGAUUCUCUGCACAUUGACACGGACGCCAAGCCCAGCCGCAAUGCAAAAGCCAGAAAGGAGAGUGGGAGCUCAGCCACAGGCAUCCUUGACCUGCUGCAGGCCAGCGAGGAGGUCGGCGGACUCGAGUACAACCCCAACAGCCAGCCCCCAGCCUCACCCAGCACACAGGAAGCCAUCCAGGGGAUGCUGUCCAUGGCCAAUUUGCAGGCCUCUGACUCCUGCCUGCAGACGACCUGGGGCCCUGGUCAGGCCAAGGGCAACUCCCUAGUGGCCCACAGUACCCGAAAGAAUGGGGGCAGCAGCAAAGGUGCAGGCAAGCGGCUGUUGAAGAGGGCCACCAAGAACAGUUUGGAUCUGGAGGAGUAUGAGGAGCAAGACCACCUAGAUGCCUGCUUUAAGGACUCAGACUAUGUUUAUCCCUCCUUGGAGUCGGACGAAGACAACCCUGUCUUCAAGUCCCGGUCGAAGAAAAGGAAAGGCUCAGACGACGCUCCUUAUAGCCCCACAGCAAGGGUUGGCCCAUCAGUGCCACGACAGGACAGACCUGUGCGUGAGGGGACCAGAGUGGCUUCCAUUGAGACUGGACUAGCGGCUGCUGCGGCCAAGCUUUCCCAGCAGGAGGAGCAGAAAAACAGGAAGAAAAAGAGCAACAAAAAGAAGCUGACUCCAACUACCACUGCCCACUCCACCUCCUCUACCACCCCUGCCAGCACUACCUCCUCAGCCUCCACCGCCUCAGCCUCCACCGCCUCAGCCUCCACCGCCUCAGCCUCCACCUCGGCCUCUGUGGUCUCUACCACACCAGCCAGCACCAGCACGGCUAGCAGCCAGGCCUCUCAAGAGAGUAGCUCCCCUGAGCCCCUGCCAGAGGUGCCCAGCAGCAGCCUGGCUGACCACGAGUACACGGUGGGCGUGGGUACGUUUGCAGGAGCCCCAGCUGGCCGUGCCUCCCAGCCCAUGGCCCCAGGGGUCUUCCUCACACAGAGGCGGUCUUCCGCCUCAUCUCCCAACAACACUGCUGCCAAAGGUAAACGUACAAAAAAAGGCAUGGCCACUGCCAAGCAGAGGCUUGGGAAAAUUUUGAAAAUCCAUCGGAAUGGAAAACUGCUCCUUUAAAGUUUGGAAAGCCAGGAUUCUUCUGCUCCACUCUGGACUCCCCCGGAGCACCCUCCUAGGACUGUGGCUGUACCACCUCACCCAGGGAGGGUCUUGCUUAUCCUUGGCCACCAUCCCCCACACAAAGUGUUUGUACCUGGAGCAGGAGGAGUUGGCAGAGCACAGCGGUCCCUUGUUUUGAAGAGAGGCACCCUAUAUCCAGUUGCUUAGAGUGACCAGCUCCCCAAAAGACACCUGUUGGUUUGAGAACCACUCCAGGUUCAGAACAGUCUCUGGGCCCUCCUUGAGUGUGGGUGUGCUUGCAGGGCUCCUGCAACCGUGUGGAAGCACGAGUCCUUCCAGAAGGCGGUGUGAGCCAAAGCUCCCCAGGCCCAGAGUCUGGGCUGACCACAGUCUGGUAGCCUCCAGAGGCUUAAAAACAACAAAGGACAUCAGAGAGAGGCAUGUGGAGAUGCCCCCUUCUUUUCCUGAGUGAUUCUCAGACAGGUCCAGAGAGAAUUAGGCCUGAUAGAGAGGGGGGUCUCGGCAUCCUCCCAGCAGGUGGGGGGCAGGAAGGAUAGUGGAGUCCUGGCCCGAAUGCACAGGAGCAUUUCUCGGGGAAAGCACAAGGACACCAGGACCAGUGGCCAGGUUGCAGUGUUAGUGGACAAGAGCUCCUCUAGAGGUCUUAGGAAGGGUACAGGCUCAGCCAUGUCUAGGGGCCCAGGGGGCCCGGGCUAAGCCAAAUGGGUGGGCCUGACCCAGCCUGGUGAGGCACACUCCUGAAGAAGCACUUCUCGGCCGUGGUACCCCCACCCUGGGGCUGGCAUAGCCAGGACGGCAGAUGGGGUGGGCUGAGGACAAAAGGACUAGAAACUGCUCUGUCUCUGUGUGCUGGCAUCUGGUGUCAAGUGCAUGGACGAUACCUGAAAGGUGUGUCCACCCAUUGGCGCAGAGAGGCUGGAUUUGUUUCUCAGGCAAUCCUGAAUUUUAAUUUUAGAUGUAUUUCCUGAAGCAUAUUUUUCAUAGAAUGUAGCAUGUAAAUAGCUUUUUAAAUAACUUCUUUUUUAUAAGAGUAAAAGUAUCUUUAGAAAUUUCUUUCUAUAGAUUCCUCCAUUAACAUUUAUACGAGUUUUUUGCCAAGUAUUAUAAAACAAUUGGGUUCCAGUGCUUUUUUCCCCCCCUUCUUUUUAUUAGUUUUCCUUUAGGAACUAAGGUAUUGCCUGAAAAACAAGUAAUAUCUGUGCAGCCUUAUCCUCUGUCUCCACAGAAGCAAAUCAUACACAAAAGAUGUAUUGCAGACACAUUUUGAAGAUGAGUCUUCAACUUUAAUACCAGCUCUUUGUUUUCCUUCUUGUAUGAUGAGGGGGUUGGGGAUACAAUUAUUUUACUAGCACCUUGUGAAGUGUUUCUGUGUUUUGUGAUGAUGUAAUUUAUUAAUGUUUGUAGCUUUUUAUAUUUGUACAUUUCUUAAGAGCUUUGUUUAUAUACCCAUUACCUGGAUGUUACAUCCACAAGAAACAGCUUCGUGGAGGCCUUAUUAACUCCUAUUUGUCCUGUUAUGAGGGACAUGGUCCCAAGGGCCAUGAGGCUGGGAGAGGAAGAGCCUCAUGGGAUCCUAGACUUACUCAGAACCGACAUUUCUAAAGUUCCUUUGCCCCUGUCCUUGUUGAACAUUUAUAUAACUUAACCUGGGCAUCAAGCUGUUCGCUCUCUUUUUUUUAAUUUUAAUUUUAUUAUUAUUAUUAUUAUUUUGGCAACAUGUACAUUUCUAACAAAGUUUAUUGUGGCUGUUCAAGUGGUUUAUUUCCCAAUUCAUAUUACUCUUGUAUUGAGUCCAUGAGGUCUAAGACAACUUUAGAUCAAAGUUUUAAAAAAGUAAAAAUAUUUCAGGUUUUGUACAGAA